AUGUCCCUCAAUUAUGAGCAUUUGCUCCCAUUAAAUGGGGAAUGGAAACAAAAAAUUACUGAUUGGCUAUCGGAAGACGUUGCGUCAUUUGACUACGGGGCUUAUGUUGUUGGUGAUAAUUUAGAUGAUGCCAAUUUGUACUGCAAACAACAAUGCGUUUUAAGUGGAGUGGUAUUCGCAAAAGAAGUUUACAAGCAAUGCGGAAUCACAAAUAUCGAAUGGUUUUAUAAAGAUGGGGAUUACCUUGAUCCACAAACCAUGGGCAAGGAUGGCAAAAUCGUUGUUGCUAAAAUUACCAAAACUGAAGUACGGAAGAUUUUGUUGGCAGAAAGAUUGUCUUUAAAUAUUUUGUCAAGAUCUUCGGGGAUUGCCACUAAGUCCAAUCAGAUCAUCACUUUGGCUAGAUCUAGUGGCUAUAAGGGGAUAAUUGCGGGUACCAGGAAAACCACUCCGGGAUUCAGGUUGGUUGACAAAUACUCCAUGAUAAUUGGUGGGUGCGAUCCUCAUAGAUACGAUUUAUCUAGCAUGAUAAUGCUCAAGGAUAACCAUAUUUGGUCUGUUGGUUCCAUAACUAAGGCAGUUGAAUCGGCAAGAAAGGUUGGUGGGUUCAGUGUGAAGAUCGAGGUUGAAGUCCAAAGUGAAGAAGAAGCCAAUGAAGCCAUUGAAGCUGGGGCUGAUAUCAUUAUGUUGGAUAACUUUUCUGGAGAUGGUUUGAAGGUGGCUGCUGAAUCUAUUAAAAGUAAAUGGAGCAAUACACAAAAGAGCUUCUUGUUAGAGUGUUCUGGUGGUUUGACCAUUGAUAAUAUUGGCAACUACUUAAGCAAUACCAUUGAUAUUUACUCCACCAGUUCUAUCCAUCAAGGUACAGGGAUUGCUGAUUUUAGUUUGAAGAUCGUUAAACAUUAG